AUGUCUGGAGCAGAGAUCCUCGCCGCGCUUGCUAUUAUUGAAGCUGCCGCAGACACAGUAACCAAAGUCGUCGAUGCCCUUCAAACAGGCAAAGAUUUCAUUGACAGUUUCAGUGACAAAAAGGACUACAGUCGUGAAUUGGAAAACUAUAUCGAUCAGGCCAAGAAAAGCAUUCAAGCCGAAAUCCAAGCCGUCGAGCUGCAGGGAUACAUGAACGUAAUAAAUGGCGCUGCUUUGUGGUAUUAUGGAUGCCAGAAGACCAUUAAAGAAUUUGGAAUUAGCAAGCAUACCGUCCAAGAUCCUGAUGGCGAAUUGCUCCACUUCAGCCAGGACAUCAUGUCGACCAUCGGGCGUCUGAACGAAAUGAAAUUGUGGAUCGAGAGCGACACUCGUCCAAGACCAACCACUCCGAAGAUGCUUGGUGUUUACUUGACCUACUAUGCCAUACGGCAUUCACUGAUCGUCACGUACGAGGCUUUCGAAUUCGCCAGAACCGGCCACCAUUCCUCCACCAUCGGUGAUCUUGUGCAAAAUCUCAAGGACGCGCAGGAUGUCCUAAGCAAAAGGUUCAAUGCGUAUCAAUCCGUGCGUGCAAGUCAGUUGGUAUUGUUCAGGAGGAGCAUCCCAGGAGACCCUCCAGGCACUGGGGGCCUUACCGUGAGAGCGGAUAAUGGAGGUGACACCUUGAUUCCCAAUAUUCCGGUGGGAACUACAUACGACUACACCUAUAAUGGAUUCACAAUCAUUCGGGAAGCAUGGAACUCCACUGAAUUCGGAAAGACAACCAUUCCCGAUCUUUUCAAGACCUACAACGGUGCGUAUAAGGCUGGAUUGUCACUACUUACACCUCGUCAGCUCGAACAAAUUGAGGUGUUCGAACACUUUAUUAUCGCGGGACAAAUCUGA